AUGCUCCUGGAUUUAAUCCUGUCAUAUGGUGCCAAUAUCAACCAUGCCGAGAGCAACGGCAGAACGCCAUUGCACAUCUUUGCUCAGAAUCUUCGGCAGGUUUCGGCGGCAAAGUUCUUAAUUACACACGGGGCAGAUUUUCGCGCGCGGGGGUUUUUGAUUGAUCAUGUACGCCGUGGUGGGAGAGAUGAGCUAGUAACAACUGCGAACAGGAUCAGGCUUCAGGAUGAGAUGAUGCGUGCUCUGCAGGAAGCCGCCGCGGAGGAUACUGCUAUGUUGAUGAGCCAGCCAAAUGUGGAGGGUAAAACUCCGCAGGACUUGCUGGAGGAAACGAGAAAUCGGUGGCAUGGAAUGGGCCAGCCCAUACACCCCGGAAGAGGCAGAGGCAGAGGGCAGCCAGUAGGUGCAUAA